AUGGCGGUGGGACUAAGCCCCUUCUCCUCCCGCCGCCAAAGGCUCUCACCUCAUAUUUCCCACAAACCCCUCCGCGCGGUCCCGCUCGCCGAAACCUGCCCGGCCGAUGUCCGGCCACUGCGCACGCGCAGGAUAACGUCACGUGCAUUCCCAGGGAUCGACGGGGCUGGGAGGAGGGGCCUGCCAGCUUCCGCCGCCGCGUCGCUUCAGGGCUCGGACGGGGGCGCGGCCUGCGCGAGCGCGGCGGCCGAGGCAGUGGAGCCGGCCGCCCGCGAGCUGUUCGAGGCUUGCCGCAACGGGGACGUGGAGCGAGUCAAGCGGCUGGUGACUCCCGAGAAGGUGAACAGCCGCGACACGGCGGGCAGGAAAUCCACCCCUCUCCACUUUGCCGCAGGUUUUGGGCGGAAAGAUGUAGUUGAAUAUUUGCUUCAGAAUGGAGCAAAUGUCCAAGCACGUGAUGAUGGGGGUCUGAUCCCUCUUCAUAAUGCAUGCUCUUUUGGUCAUGCUGAAGUAGUCAAUCUCCUUCUGCGACAUGGUGCAGACCCAAAUGCCCGAGAUAAUUGGAAUUAUACUCCUCUCCAUGAAGCUGCAAUUAAAGGAAAGAUUGAUGUUUGUAUUGUGCUCUUACAGCAUGGAGCUGAGCCAACCAUCCGAAAUACAGAUGGAAGGACAGCAUUGGAUUUAGCAGACCCAUCUGCCAAAGCAGUGCUGACUGGUGAAUAUAAGAAGGAUGAACUCUUGGAAAGUGCCAGGAGUGGCAACGAGGAAAAAAUGAUGGCUCUCCUUACACCGUUAAAUGUCAACUGCCAUGCAAGUGAUGGCAGAAAGUCAACUCCAUUGCAUUUGGCAGCAGGAUACAACAGAGUAAAGAUUGUACAGCUGUUAUUGCAACAUGGAGCUGAUGUUCAUGCUAAAGAUAAAGGUGAUCUGGUGCCAUUACACAAUGCCUGUUCUUAUGGUCAUUAUGAAGUAACUGAACUUCUGGUCAAGCAUGGUGCCUGUGUAAAUGCAAUGGACUUGUGGCAAUUCACUCCUCUUCAUGAGGCAGCUUCUAAGAACAGAGUUGAAGUUUGUUCUCUUCUCUUAAGUUAUGGUGCAGAUCCAACACUGCUAAACUGCCACAGUAAAAGUGCUAUAGACUUGGCUCCCACACCACAGUUAAAAGAAAGAUUAGCAUGUGAGUAUCAAAUUAUGAAUGUUCAGCUAGGAUACUGUAUCAAUAAACUGAGCAUUUUUUCUCUCCUGUUUUUAGAAAUAAUGAAUCUGCAGCAAAGUCAUGAGGAUCAGAUGCAUUGUGCAGCUGCAUCUCCAUAUCCCAAAAGAAAACAAAUAUGUGAACUGUUACUAAGAAAAGGAGCAAACAUCAAUGAAAAGACUAAAGAAUUCUUGACUCCUCUGCACGUGGCAUCUGAGAAAGCUCAUAAUGAUGUUGUCGAAGUAGUGGUAAAACAUGAAGCAAAGGUUAAUGCUCUGGAUAAUCUUGGUCAGACUUCUCUGCACAGAGCUGCACAUUGUGGUCAUCUACAAACCUGCCGCCUACUCCUGAGCUAUGGGUGCGAUCCUAACAUUAUAUCCCUUCAGGGCUUUACUGCCUUACAGAUGGGAAAUGAAAAUGUGCAGCAACUGCUUCAAGGUAUUAAAUGCUUCUGUGAAAUUAGUUUUUUAAAUUUCACCUUUAAAAAUUUUCACAUAGCAGGUAAACUGUGUACUGUACAGAGUGUCAACUGCAGAGACAUUGAAGGGCGUCAGUCUACACCACUCCACUUUGCAGCUGGGUACAACAGGGUGUCAGUGGUGGAAUAUCUGCUGCAACAUGGAGCUGAUGUGCAUGCUAAAGAUAAAGGAGGCCUUGUACCUUUGCACAAUGCAUGUUCUUAUGGACAUUAUGAAGUCGCAGAACUUCUUGUUAAGCAUGGAGCAGUAGUUAAUGUAGCUGAUUUAUGGAAAUUUACGCCUUUACAUGAAGCUGCAGCAAAAGGAAAAUAUGAAAUUUGCAAACUUCUACUCCAGCAUGGUGCGGACCCUACAAAGAAAAACAGGGAUGGAAAUACCCCUUUGGAUCUUGUUAAAGAUGGAGAUACAGAUAUCCAAGAUCUACUUAGGGGUGAUGCAGCUUUGCUAGAUGCUGCCAAGAAGGGUUGUUUAGCCAGAGUAAAGAAGUUGUCUUCACCUGAUAAUGUAAACUGCCGAGAUACCCAAGGCCGACAUUCAACACCAUUACAUUUAGCAGCUGGUUAUAAUAAUUUAGAAGUUGCAGAAUAUUUGUUACAACAUGGAGCUGAUGUGAAUGCCCAAGACAAAGGAGGACUUAUUCCUUUACAUAAUGCAGCAUCUUAUGGGCACGUAGAUGUAGCAGCUUUAUUAAUAAAGUAUAAUGCAUGUGUCAAUGCCACGGACAAAUGGGCUUUCACACCUCUGCACGAAGCAGCCCAAAAGGGACGAACACAGCUUUGUGCUUUAUUGUUGGCCCACGGAGCUGAUCCUACUCUUAAAAAUCAGGAAGGACAAACACCUUUAGAUUUAGUUUCAGCAGAUGAUGUCAGCGCCCUCCUGACAGCAGCCAUGCCUCCUUCUGCUCUGCCUUCAUGUUAUAAACCUCAAGUGCUUAAUGGUGUGAGAAGCCCUGGAGCCACCACAGAUGCUCUGUCCUCAGGUCCAUCCAGCCCAUCAAGCCUUUCUGCAGCCAGCAGUCUUGACAACUUAUCCGGGAGUUUUUCUGAACUGUCUUCGGUAGUUAGUUCAAGUGGAACAGAGGGCACUUCCAGUUUGGAGAAAAAGGAGGUUCAAGGAGUAGAUUUUAGUAUAACUCAAUUUGUAAGGAAUCUUGGACUUGAGCACCUAAUGGAUAUAUUUGAAAGAGAACAGAUCACUUUGGAUGUAUUAGUUGAGAUGGGGCACAAGGAGCUGAAGGAGAUUGGAAUCAAUGCUUACGGACAUAGACACAAACUAAUUAAAGGAGUUGAGAGACUGAUCUCUGGACAACAAGGUCUUAACCCAUAUUUAACUUUGAACACCUCUGGUAGUGGAACAAUUCUCAUAGAUCUGUCUGCUGAUGAUAAAGAGUUUCAGUCUGUGGAAGAAGAGAUGCAGAGUACAGUUCGAGAGCACAGAGAUGGAGGCCAUGCAGGUGGAAUCUUCAACAGAUACAAUAUUCUUAAGAUUCAGAAGGUUUGUAACAAGAAACUAUGGGAAAGAUAUACUCACCGGAGAAAAGAAGUUUCUGAAGAAAACCACAACCAUGCAAAUGAAAGAAUGCUUUUUCAUGGGUCUCCCUUUGUGAAUGCAAUUAUCCAUAAAGGCUUUGAUGAAAGGCAUGCAUACAUCGGUGGUAUGUUUGGAGCUGGGAUUUAUUUUGCUGAAAACUCUUCCAAAAGCAAUCAGUAUGUAUAUGGAAUUGGAGGAGGUACUGGGUGUCCAGUUCACAAAGACAGAUCUUGUUAUGUUUGCCACAGGCAGCUGCUCUUUUGCCGAGUAACCUUGGGAAAGUCUUUCCUGCAGUUCAGUGCAAUGAAAAUGGCACAUUCUCCUCCAGGUCAUCACUCAGUCACUGGCCGACCCAGUGUAAAUGGCCUAGCAUUAGCUGAAUAUGUUAUUUACAGAGGAGAACAGGCUUAUCCUGAAUAUUUAAUUACUUACCAGAUUGUGAGGCCUGAAGGUAUGGUCGAUGGAUAAAUAUUUAGUUGCUUUAGGAAGUUAAUUUCAUUUAACCUACAAUCAUUGAAGCAGCUGGUGGCCUCGAAGUUUUACUCCUUUGCUGAAAAAAAGUCAUCUUGCCAACAGGCCUGUGGCAAAAAGAUAAAAAAUGUGAAAGAAGUUUAACAUUCUGACUUGAUAAAGCUUUAAUAAUGUACAGUGUUUUCUAAAUAUUUCCUGUUUUUCAGCACUUUAACAGAUGCCAUUCCAGGUUAAACUGGGUUUGUCUGUACUAAAUUAUAAACAGAGUUAACUUGAACCUUUUAUACGUUAUGGAUUGAUUCUAACAGAAACUGUAAUACCCUCAACAGAACUCAUUUUACUAAUACAGUACUGUGUUCUUUAAAACACAGCAUUUACACUGAAUACAAUUUCAUUUGUAAAACUGUAAAUAAGAGCUUUUGUACUAGCCCAAUAUUUAUUUACAUUGCUUUGUAAUAUAAAUCUACUGUUUCAGAACUGUAGCGGUUUACAAGUUUUUUCAUAUGUACUGCUCAUCUGCACUUCAUCUUGCAUCAUCACGAUUGAGAAGUCUUUACAGUUGAUUCCAGAGGCUAUGUUGAGUUAUUAGCAGAAACUUUGUUGGGAAAGAUUGAUUUAUCAGAUUUAAUUUGCUGUUGGAAGCAUUUGUCUCUCAUUAGAAAUCUUUCUUAUUUCAGAAUUUAUGGAUACUCUGGGGAUUUAAUUUGCGAUACUUUUAUAUGUUUAAGACACACAUUCCAAAGAGCUCUAACUAUGAUAGGCCCUGAGUACUAAAGGAGCUUCUUUGCUGGCUUCAAACUCUAGGUUUCGUGUUAGAAAAAUCUUUUAAUGCCAUUAUCUGAAAGGAAUUAGAACAAAUGCUCCUAUUUUUUAGAGAGUCUAAGUCCUACUAUUGAACAGUUGUGGUGUUCCUUUCAUGGAAUAUAAAUAGCAAGUUAAAUUUCAGAGGUGGGAAGGGUAAUCCUGGAUAAUUUCCCAAUCUGUUUUAAUUACCUUAAAGCAAAAGGGAAAAACCAACAAAUGGGAUUGGGUAGUUCUUUAUCCUAAGUAUUUUUUUUCCUGUUCUUUUUCCUUGCCCUUAUUAUUAUAUUUAUAACCGGUCUAUGCAUCAUGGGUAAACUGAAUGCAGAACCAUAAAAUAUAGGUGUCUCAGCCCGUUCCUGGCCUGUAUGGGCAAGUACAGUGAGAUGGGUGCUUCCUGCUCCUGGGUUGCCUCUCCAUGACUUUAUGCCCAACUGGUAAUGUGCUUUUGGUUUGUGCACCACGUGGUGACCGGGCUGGUGUUCAGUUUGGCAGCUAUGGAGGGAAGUACUAUCCCAUAAAAUGCCAUUCCUGACUGUUUUCUAAUGUAAAACUAUCUUUUACGUGAAGCAUGCUCAUGCAUCUUGGUACAGAGACAUACAUUACAGCUUGGCAGUCUAUUUUAUUUGUUGAUUGCAGCUCCCUCAGAAGUCAAGGGAAGAUUUUUCCACACUUAAGUCUUUGUAAAUGAGGAUGUUCCCCUUUACUCUCCAUAUCAGCUCACCUUUGUUUUACAUUUAUUUAGUCUCUAAAUUAACUGGUCCUUUGAAGUAAUUUGUACCUAGAGUGCUAGAAAAUCAUGUUUCUUGUCCUAAGUAGAGUUAAUCAGGGUAAUUGCGUAUCUGGAGUUGUUUCUAUCAUGUAAAUUGUGAUCAUUAUUUAAGAACUAAAUCCACUAAAGUGCUUUUUUACAGCUCUCUCCUAAUUGAAAAUAUCCUAAAGUUAUUUCUUAGAACACCAAUGGAGUAUGCCAAAUUUUAUAUAAAUUUUUCAGGUUCCCUAAGCUUCCAGGUUUUAAUAAUUAGAUAAUGAGAUGAAUUAAUGAGGUUUAUAUUUACAUACUUUAUUUCUCAGCAUUUAGCCCAUAUUAUUCACCAUAUGAGUGAAUCUGGAAUUGCUUGUCAUGUAAAAUCAUCAUGGUCUAUGAGUUUAUGAUAAGGCAAACGGUGUUAUUUCAUCUAAUUCAUUGCUUAGUGUGUUGUUUUUCCAUGAAUGAUUAUAUUGUGGUUAAUAUGUUAGCAUGGCAGUAUUUUCAGAUAGCUUUUUUUUGUUUUGGGAGAUUGGAGUUUUGGCAUUGGGGGGGAGGCAGUUAGUACUUUGCAUGAAAUACCUUACUCUAUAAUGAUGGAAUUGCCUUUUCUUUUGUGUUGUGAUUUUUUUUUUUUUUUUGAAGUGAAUUUAACUUUUUGUGCAAGUAGUGCUAUUAUACCCAUUUUGAGUGUCUUACUUGUACUGUAUCACAUUCCAUACCUUCAUUUAAUUCUUAAUAAACUUUUCACUUGUUUUUCUCAGUAGCAUGAUUAAUUACCAGAAUAGUAUAAAUGUGUUGAGUGGUCUUUGAGAAAAUGGGUUAAGAUUAAAAUAAACCAUAACUGCAGGAAAA